GAAAGUGGUCGUCUCACACAUACACUGUCACCACUCACUCAUCCACAACAGACACAUCACCAAACCUCAUCCAUCCAUCCAUCCAUCCAUCCAUCUUCAACAUGGCCUCCGAGCAAAACUCCCAGACCUCCACCAGGGCCUCGUCCCCCAAGCUUGACGGCAAGUUUGACGACAACGCCUCCGUCGACUCCGGCUUCGCUUCCGCCAACUCCUCCACCGCCAACCUUCCCUUGAUUUCUCUCACCAAGCCUCAUCUCGACCACCUAAACAAACAGCUCGAGAACAUGGAGGCCCUGGACAUCCUCCGCUUCUGCAAGAUUCUCUUCCCCAACCUCUUCCAGACCACGGCCUUCGGCCUGACCGGCCUCGUCACGCUCGACAUGCUCUCCAAGCUAGCCAAGGAGUCACCCGACGCGGCCCCCGUCGACCUGAUCUUCCUCGACACGCUCUACCACUUCAAGGAAACUUAUGCUCUCGUCGACCGCGUGCAGGAGCGCUACCCCAACAUCCGGCUGCACGUCUUCAAGCCGGCCGACGUGUCCACCGUCGACGAGUUUGAGGCCCUCUACGGCGAGAAGUUGUACGAAACCUCCGAAGAACUAUACGACUGGAUCGCCAAGGUGGAGCCGCAGAACCGCGCCUACCAGGAACUCAAGGUGGCUGCCGUUUUCACAGGCCGCCGCCGCUCCCAGGGAGGUGCACGCGGCUCCAUUCCCGUCAUUGAGCUGGAUGAGGAGCGUGGCAUCGUCAAGAUCAACCCGCUCGUCAACUGGAGCUUCCAGCAGGUCAAGGCCUACAUUGAUGAGCACCAAGUGCCUUACAACGAGCUGCUCGAUAAGGGGUACAAGUCCAUUGGUGAUUGGCACUCGACUAGCCCCGUCGCCGCGGGCGAGGACGAGCGUGCUGGGCGCUGGAAGGGCAAGAACAAGACUGAGUGCGGAAUCCAUAACAAGCAGAGCAGGUAUGCCCAGUUUUUGGCGGAGAACGCGAGGAAGCAGGCAAAGGGUGCUGCUCCGGUUGAGACGGUUCAGGCUUGAAAGAAGAAAAGGAGGUAAAAGAGAAUUAGAGGGGUGGCUGGAUGGGAGGACGGGCUUCGUAUCUCUCGUUGACGUGGGAGACUUUUGGGCCUCGAUUGGCAACUGUC